UCAGAAACACAAAUUCAGAAAAUUAGUUAUUAUCCAGUAAGCAGACAUUUCGGAACUCCUCUAAAAAUUGAAGUGCAUGUACCUACAAAUUAGCAAAAAGGUUAUUAAAUUAGUUGAGUAGCAGAAUUGUUAAGAAUGGCGUAUCGCAUAGUUUCCGGAUGUACUUCAGUGCGUGGAGUCUUGAAGUCAAUGCCAAAGAUAAAUGUAAAUAAACAGGGUUCAAUUCGGCAAAGCUCCAUGUUUCCGGAACCACCUGUGCCCUGGUUGGAGAAGCCGAGUGUUGUCUUCUCAAGCGGUGCUUUAAAACAUCACUGGGGGGCAAUACCAAUGAUAAUAUUUUGUACACUUGGCUUCACUUGUGAAGUUCUUUAUUGCAUACGUCAGGCAAUGACCCGCGAUGAUGUGUGGUACACAAAAACCUCAGCUGCAUGUGAAUUUGUUGAGACACGUCAAGGUUAUAAGGUGCCGGUACGCAAGCUGUUCGUUUAUAAUCAGAAAUACGAGAAUCCUCCUGGUCUAGUAAAUGCUUUGCAAGGUGAUGUCAAUGGACCACCGUGCGACACUUGUGAGAAAGAAGAGAAAAAGAAGGGAGUUAACGGCAAAGUAUUGGCCGCCCAUGGAGCUUUGGGCCUUGGCAUUUUAGGCAUGAUGGUAGCUCUUUAGCUAUAUGCAGAGAAAUGAGCGUUAUGUGACGACUUCCAUUCCCUUAACUAAUUAAAUAAACAUUUUGUGGGUACAUCAUUUACAGGCGAAGACGAAAACAAAAACAAAAACAAAAAGAAGACCAAGAAAUAGUUAAUCGUAAUCGUAAGCCGUGAAUGCAGAAUGUUUGAAUGGAAUGCUACGAGUGACGCAUAUUUCGGGAAGGAGGGCCUACACGUAAUUUUUUAGAGGUGCCAAUCCACGCUCGAGAGCACAAUGCACACGACUCUUAUUCGGGCUUAGAUGAUGUACUAUAUUGGAUGAAAAUUCACUUUGCAAUAUAUAUAAAACAAUUUUAGAAAAAAAUAUUUUUUUUUUGACUAGCUUAAAGAAAUAAAUUCAAUUUAAUUUUA